GGUUUCCAAGCCAAACAGAUGUGCUUGUUAAAACAAGAGCAGCAAGAAGACCUCAAUAAGCAGGAUGAAACUGAGUGUGAGCCAGGUCUUUCUAAUGAUGAAAACUAUGAGUCGAUGGUGUUUCAAAUAAAAUUCAUCAGGAAACAGCUACAAGGAGAAUAUGACACUUUGAUUGAAGCUUUUGAG